AUGGCAUUUGAAGUGGGCAUCUCCCUGGCUGCCCUCCUGGGCAAUGGCCUCAUCAUCAGCGCCAUAGCCUGCGGCCACCACCUGCACACGCCCAUGUUCUUCUUCCUGCUCAACCUGGCCCUCAGCGACCUGGGCUCCAUCUGAACCACUGUCCCCAAAGCCAUGCACAAUUCCCUCUGGGACACCAGGAACAUCUCCUACACUGGAUGUGCCACACAGCUCUUUUUCUUUAUGUUCUUCCUGUCAGCAGAGUAUUUCCUCCUGACCGUCAUGUGCUACGACCGCUACGUGUCCAUCUGCAAACCUCUGCACUACGGAACCCUCCUGGGCAGCAGAGCUUGUGCCCACAUGGCAGCAGCUGCCUGGGCCAGUGCCUUUCUCUUUUCGCUGAUCCACACAGCCAAUACAUUUUCCCUGCCCCUGUGCCGUGGCAAUAACCUGGGCCAGUUCUUCUGUGAAAUCCCACAGAUCCUCAAGCUCUCCUGCUCCAAAUCCCACCUCAGGGAAUUUGGGCUCAUCGUAGUUAUUGCCUGUUUAGGUUUUGGCUGUUUUGUGUUCAUUGUUUUCUCCUAUGUGCAGAUCUUCAGGGCUGUGCUGAGGAUCCCCUCUGAGCAGGGACAGCACAAAGCCUUUUCCACCUGCCUCCCUCAUCUGGCCGUGGUCUCCCUGUUUGUCAGCACUGGCAUAUUUGCCUACGUGAAGCCCCCAUCCAUCUCCUCCCCAUCCCUGGAUCUGGCCCUGUCAGUUCUGUACUCGGUGGUGCCUCCAGCCCUGAACGCCCUCAUCUACAGCCUGAGGAACCAGGAGCUCAAGAAAGCUCUAAGGAGACUUCUGUCUUGA